CCUGUUUUUUCGCCUUCAAAAGAUCAUAACCUCACUUUUUGUUACUUCGUAAUCUCUGCUACUCCUCAUUCCUUAAGAGAAAAACCCUAGAAUUGAUGCAGUUAGCCCAAGCUAAGCCCAUAGCAGGGGAAACACCCUAGAAAGCUAAGCCAGAGCAGGGAAACACCCUACAGCUGACGCAGUUAGCCCAAGCUAAGCACAGAGCAGGGGAAACCUUUUUCCCUCUAAUUUCGACGCAAAAGCCUUGACGUUAAAGCCUUGAGGUUUGAAGCGAUCUUGAAGAAGAGAGAAAAACUUCGAGGUAGAUCAGCUAUGUUGUUGUCGAACUCAGACCUAAAAAGGACAGCAACGGAGUCCAAUACCACCACCAGCUUCACAGGCCUUAACAGAGACUGAGAAAUUAGGGUUUUGACUAGAUCCAGAAAGAAGGCCAAACUUAUAGAAGUGGCACAAGAACUGGGCAGAGGAAUUCAUAUAUUCACAAACUUACAAACUUGGCCUCUAAACCAUACCGUGGUUUCUAUACCAUUUCUUUUGGCUUGGCUUCUAUACCAUUUGUUUUGGAUAUUUAGGAUAUUUUUUCCUACUGCCCUUUUCUUCAACAAUGUCUUUACUCCAAGUGAUCACGAAGGCAGCAGAAGACCACCCCAAAAUACUAAAUACUUCAUCAGAAUACCCCAUAACUCUAAAUUCUAGUGAAAUAUUCCAAAACCUUAAGCCUGAAAAUCCAGAUUCAGAUGAUGAACCUAUGGUGAGAAAGGUAACAGGUUGGUCAAUCAAUGAUCAUAAUUCUGAGAUCAUGAGUGCUGAAAAAAAAUUCACGAAGCAGCAAAAGCGCAAUCUGAAAAGCCUUCUAUUCGACAUAAAGAUGUUCACCAAGUCAUUAGACCGUUUUCUCACGAAAAUCACGAAAAUCUGUUGUAAGGUCAGUGAUAUUCAACCAGGAGAUGAGAAAACUCUUAUAAUGCUGAGGAAUGCAUGCCCUUUUCUUAGCUCACAAGUGAAAGCCUUAAUCUCAGAAUGUUGUGUUCGAUUAGAACAUUGGGAAUUGAUGGAAGCUAUUAUUUUUCUAGGGUUUAUUAGAGGUAUAUCUCAUUACAAUUUGGUUCGAAAGCUCGUUGAUGCCGAGAGAGGUGACCUCCUUUGCCAAAUUAUCAGGCACACACCAGACUUGGGGCAUUCGGAGAUUGCCAUGAUCUUGAACUACUUUUUAUCCCCCAAAAAUGACCAUGAUUUGAGCAUCAACAGUGUUAGAAAGAAUUGGGAAAACCAGGCCCUCUGGGCCAUUGAUAAAGCAGCCCAAUCACUUCCCCAUAAAACCUCUGAUUUUUAUCUCAAAAUCCACAAUGCCAAUUCAGUUCAAGACCAUAAAACCUCUGAUUCUUUUCUCAAAACCCACAAUACCAAUUCAGUUCAAGACGAUGCAGCUUUACUUCUUGCCAUGGCCUAUGACGGGUUCUCUGCAUUUGAAACUUGCCUUCAUUUUCUCUUUUCCCCUUCUCUCGACGGCCUUGUUCUAUCGUAUGCUAUAUCAAAACUGCAAUCUGUGCAGUUAUACAGAUUGAUAAGGUACACUCGCAAAUGGGUAAAAAAAUAUUCGAGAUUUCCAGGUCUUGUGCCAUGGUCUCCAGAAUCUGGUUCAGAGUUCGAAGCUUGCAAAUGGGUUCCUUCCCUUGAAUCAAUUAUUAAGGUUUUGGGGGUGGUUUUGGAUGAGCAUUACUCAUAUUUGGUUUUGGAUACGGUGUUUCAUGAAGAAUUGAGAUCGAUACAGGAGACGGUAAUGCCUUUAGUAUCUGAAGGCAAUGUGUCAUGCUCAGUCUCGAAUUUGCUGGAGAGUUUGAGGUGCGAAUCAUGAUGAAUUAAGGUUCUAACCCAAGAUAGAGAAAGUGAUUUUGUAUUGAGGUUUUGGGUUUGGAUUCUGUUUUGAUCAUACUCACUCGCUCUAUAAAAUUCUGAGCAGGUAAGCUUUUAGACGCCGCUCUGUAAUUUUAUCUCUCUCUUUCUGAUGAUUGAGUAGAUUUUUAAAUGUGAUACAUGAGGAUGAAGAGAAACUUGUUAGCCUUAUUUGCAGUGGAUAUUAGCCAAGUCUGUUAGCCUAACUGGGGUGAUAUUUUACCCUGUGGGCCUCUCUCUUAUUUGCCUGAUAAGAUUUUUUAAUUGAUGAGGUUGGGCCUCUCUCUUAUUGGCCUGAUAAGAUUUUUUAAUUGAUGAGGUUCUCUCUCUUUCCAAUGUA